ACUCUCGUUCUUUCUCUUUGUAUAUAUUCUACUUUAACGCCCACUUUUCUUCCUCUUCUCUUCUUAUAUCUUCACCAUCUCAAUCUAUUCCCAUUCUCGCUCUUUACCACCAUUUCUACCUCCUCCUCCUCUGCCGCCAUCCCAUCCUGCUCCCUAUUAUUCCUCAUCUUCCUAAAAUGGCCUCAAACAAAAACAUAAACAUUGAUUUGCAGUUGCAACAAAUCAAAACCGCCCUUCCUCCAAGAAAAAGAGCUAAGACUCAAGAGGAAAAAGAGCAGAGGCGUAUUGAGCGAAUUCUCAGAAACAGAAGAGCUGCUCAUGCCUCCAGGGAGAAAAAGAGAAAACAUGUCGAAUUCCUAGAAAAAUCUGUCAGCGAUCUAGAGAUUAAUCUCAAAAAUUCAAAAUUCAGAGAACUAAAACUAAUUCAAUUAAACCAAAAGUUAAUAGACAGAAUCAAAUCUCUCAACGGCUCCAUCUCUGACAUUGAUACAAACAUCCUAAACAACGAUUACGAUUCCUCAAUCUUGCUAGACUCAAUCAUUUCUUCUUCAAACUCCACCUCUGCUGACUCCCCCUCCUCCCUUUCUACUCCUUCACUAACUUCCUCUGCUGCUUCUUCUCUUGCUUCUUCUCCUUCACCUCCCUCUCCUGCUUCCACUUCUUUUCUUCUAGACGAUUCACACUUAGACUCUCUUUCUGCCGCUGAUCCUCAAAUCAAAUCAGAGCUCUCAGACGCUAUUAUACCUCCAAAUUUUAACUUCACUUCUCUCCAAAACAAACUUUCUCUCUACAAUAACACUACUAUCAAUACCAACAACAUCAACACUAAAAACUACAACAUUAAAAAAUCUCCUUCUUCAUCCACAAUCAAAUCAUUCAAAUCAAAAAAACACUCUAAUUCAAUCCCUCAAUUAUCUAACGAUAACCACGAUAACUCACUCGAUAUCACCUCGUCUGAUCACGAAUUCAGCUUCUCCCCAUUACCCAUCUCAAACCUAACCUCUCCAGAAUCUGAAUCUCUAACAAUCGAUCCUGAUUAUCUUCCUAAAUUACCAAAUCCAAUCUAUUCUUUCCCUUCCUAUCUCUCCAACAACAAUAACAACAAUACUUCUAAUAAUAAUAAUAGUAAUAAUAAUAAUAACACCAAUAAUUCUAGUGAUAAUGGUGAUAAUGAUAAUAAUGAUAAUAAUGAUAAUAAUGAUAAUAAUGAUAAUAACAGUAACACAAAUAAUGAUUCAAUCAAUAUAAACUCAAUAAUCCCUCCUUCAUUUUCUAUCAAAGACCUUAUCUCCCUUGAAACUAACAACCUCAUAAACUUUAAUCUCAACAACAUUCAAAACCAAUUUCAAAAUCAAUUUCAAUUCCAAAACCAAAAUCAAAACCAAAACUUUGUUGACUAUCUAUCUGACUCAUAUAAUCUAAAUCUUUCUUCAUCAAAUAGCAGGUUGCAUAAUCCAGCAGUGAUUAUCAAUCAUCUUCAUUCUAAUCUAUCUUCUUUAAUUAUCAAAUUCAUACCUCUCUUAUUCAUCUCAUCGCAAUAGGCCCGCAGCGCCAGCUAAUAAUUUUGAUGUCGAAGAUUUUUUAUUAUUUGAUUAAGUUAUUUAGUUAAUGAAAAAAAUAAAAAAAUAAAAUAAAAUCUUAAUUCAAUUCUACCUCUCCUUCUCCUUCUCCUUCUAUUCAUCCAAUCUGCUUAUCAAUCUCACAUCCCAUUCACCUUCUUAUCACUAUUCUCACGAGUUUAAAUUUCCUUACCAUUCCGAUUUCUAUAUCGCGAAUCAUGUGGCGCGCUUACCCUCUUAGCUGCGACUGGGUUCUUGCUGAUAUAAAUCUCGUUAUGUUGUGCAAUUUACUCUCAUGUUGAUACUCUGAUAACAAUCUGAAUGCUCCCCCUCACUUUGAUAAUCCUUUUUGUUUGUUUAGAUUAGGUUUUUAAUUAUCAUAUUUUUUUUCAAUUUGGUUUAAAAAAAAAGUUUAAAGUUUAAAAAGAAAUGAAAAGAAGC